CACACGCAUGCGCUGUUUAAGUCUACGUCAGCUUAGUCUUUUCUUCUAGCUGUGUCGAAGCUACGUGGCCACAACUACUGUGUUCUGAGACAAAACAAGACGGAAACAGCACAACCAUGGAUCAGGUGAUGCAGUUCGUUGAGCCCAGUCGGCAGUUCGUCAAGGACUCCAUAAGGCUUGUGAAGAGGUGCACAAAACCAGACCGAAAAGAAUUUCAGAAGAUUGCCAUGGCCACAGCAAUUGGAUUUGCCAUUAUGGGCUUCAUUGGCUUCUUUGUCAAGCUCAUCCAUAUCCCCAUCAACAACAUUAUUGUCGGUGGUUAAAUCUUGAUGAAGCCAAAUCUCUGGACAGACCUCGGUGCAAAGCGUUAUUUGUUGUGAUGGCGAACUGAAUGGACAUUUUUACAUUCUGUGCUCAACAUUUAUAUUUUGUUGUGUAAAUAAAACAAUUAAACACA